AUGGCAAUUAACAUACGCUGUGCAAAUACAAAUGAUCUUCUCAACAUUCAACACUGCAAUCUUCAAUGUCUGCCUGAGAAUUAUCAGAUGAAGUAUUACCUGUAUCACGCAUUAUCUUGGCCACAGUUGAGUUACGUAGCAGAGGAUGAGAAAGGUCGUAUAGUUGGUUACGUACUGGCAAAAAUGGAAGAAGAUUGUGAAGAUAAUCCUCAUGGACAUAUCACAAGCCUCGCUGUUAAAAGAUCCCACCGAAGACUUGGAAUUGCACAGAAGCUAAUGAAUCAAGCUUCAAGGGCAAUGGUUGAGUGUUUUGAAGCUAACUACGUGUCAUUACACGUAAGACGCAGCAAUAGAGCUGCUUUAAAUCUUUACACCAGUAGUCUGCAAUUCGAAGUCUCUGAGAUAGAACCUAAAUAUUAUGCUGAUGGUGAGGACGCCUAUGCAAUGAAACGUGAUCUCAGUAGUUUUCAUCUAGAAAAACAUAUUGCUAAAGAAAACAUGAUUAAAGAAGCUAAUGCAGCACACACUCAUACACAACGGUGCUGUGAACAUUAA